AUGGAUGAUCGUCUAGAAGACAUGAUGCGUGAUAUUGGACAAUAUUCGUUUAAGAGGGAACAUGUGUAUGAUACUUUAUGCAAUGGCAAGGAUAAACCUUUGUACCCAGGAUGCACAAAUUUUACACGUUUGUCAGCCGUGUUAAAAUUGUUUAAUCUGAAGGCAAAUAAUGGGUGGACUGAUAAAAGUUUUACCGAAUUGUUUGAAUUGUUGACACAAAUGCUUCCAGAAGGUAACGUACUACCAAGUCGUUAUUACCAGGCGAAGAAAAUAUUGUGUCCGAUGGGUUUGGAGUAUGAAAAGAUACAUGCUUACCCUAAUGAUUGCAUAUUAUACAGAAAAGAGUAUGUAAACUAUAAUCAUUGUCUGAAGUGCAAGGCGUCAUACUACAAAAAAAAAGAUGGUGAAUCUAGUGAUGAGGAAGAGCUCAAAAAGGGUCCUCCCGCGAAAGUGGCAUGGUACCUACCGAUAAUUUCAAGAUGGCAUGCAGAAGAAAGAAAAUGUGAUGGACAAAUUCGCCAUGUAGUUGAUUCUUUGCAAUGGAAGAAAAUAGAUUCUUUGUUUCCAAAUUUUGGCAAAGAGUCGAGAAACCUUAGACUUGGACUUUCUACUGAUGGAAUGAAUCUGUUUGGCCCAAAACAACCAGGAAAUGACAUAGAUGUUUAUCUAAGUCCACUGAUUGAUGAUUUAAGAGUGUUGUGGGAGGAAGGGGUGGAUUUUUUUAUGCGCAUUCUGGUGAACAGUUUAAUAUGCGUGCCAUGCAUGUUUUUUUGCACCAUCAACGAUUUUCCGGCAUAUGGCAAUUUGUCUGGGUAUAAAGUUAAAGGUUAUAAAGCGUGUCCUAUAUGUGAAAAACACACAUGUUACCAUCAGCUUGAAAAAGGAAAGAAGACUGUUUAUCUUGGGCAUCGAAAUUUUCUAAAUCGUUAUCAUCCAUGUCGUAGAUUGCGAAAAGCUUUCAAUGGGGAACAAGAGCAUGGUGUUGCUCCAAAGCCCUUAACUAAAGAGGAAGCUUAUCAACGACAACAGGGCAUUACUGCUGUCUUUGGAAAGUUCCAAAAGCAAUAUAUUGUGAAAAAUUUAUGGAAAAAGAGGUCGGUUUUCUUCGAUCUUCCAUAUUGGUCUAGUUUUGAGGUAAGACAUUGUAUUGAUGUGAUGUACGUGGAGAAAAAUGUAUGUGAUAGUGUAAUCGGAACACUUCUCAACAAUGAAGGCAACCAUAUUUAA